AUGCUUUGGCCUCAGACCUGGCCCCGCCGACAGCGUCCCAGUUUUAAUCUCUAUGCACUGAUCGAGUCGGCUAAGUCCCAGAACCUGAGAAUCAUUGAAUCGAUUGGUUCCUGGUCAGAUAUUGAGCGUUGGGACUUCAAAUUCGUCGUGUCCAUGUACUCUCACGCUACCCUGGUCUAUAUCUCCCAGGCACUAUCGGGCCUCUCUGGGGCUGAAGCUUAUAAGGACUACUCGUGUAGUCGCAUCUUAGAUUGCUUGCAACAGCUUACCUACACGCGCAACAGAUCACGCUCUACCCAGGAUCUCGUUUGA